AUGAUCUUCCACACAGGAUCCUCGAAGUCUGCUUGGCUGCUGCUCUUCUGUGUAGGAAUCUGGCUGUCCACCUGCAGGUUGUCCUUCAGUAUACCGGCACUACGUGAUAUAAACAUGAUACUUGGGUGUUUAACAUAUGAAUCUAAGGAAAUUUAUGACAACUAUAUGAAAGAAGAGCACUGGCCAGAACAUCAGAAAAAUUACUCUUACCUACAACUGCCAUGCUUCACCCUAGGCCCUGAAGCAUCAAAGAACAUCUCAGUUAUCCAGGCCUAUCUGGAGACGGUUAAGACAGUAAGCAGCGACAGAGUAGAGACCAGAAACCUCAUAAAACGUCUUGAUGACAUCAGCUAUCACAACCUGACCAAACCAAAUAUUUCUGAGACUAUAACCUUUAAAAAUAAGUAUCAACAUAAGCAGUUCAUAGUAACUGUUCUAAAACAGUUUUCAAGCUGUAUGAAAGACCUGAAGAUUCUUGGCAGGAAGUGCUGA